AUGUUGUCGUUCUUGCUGGCCAAGCUCUCGUGGGAGACCAAACUGCUCUUGCACGCCAAUUCGAGCAAACGUUCUUUACUGGAAACGUUCACGGCCGAGAGCCCUCAUCACAAUCAUCAGAUGCCUCCGAAUUCCUUCCGUGGAUCUUCCAAUUCGGUUUCGAUUGCUUCCGAUGGCAACACUACUACUACUACUAGUACUGACGAUGUUAGCAGAGAUCCCGUGCCCGUGAUUGCACGAGCAACACACGAUCACAAGCAACACACCCGAGGAUCCCACAAGUCGGUCGUCCCGCUGGGGAAAGCCAAGAAGGAACUGAUAGUUUUUUACCACAUCUUUCUGCCGGAUGAAGAAAGAGGAAACAGGAGCACGGCAAUCGUCGCAGAGCAACUCGAACAGAUUGGACAUUCCGGAGCUCGCAACAUGUCGGAAUCGGUGCAAGUAUACUACAACACCAUUGGCAACAGAACCAUUGACGAAGCAGCCAUGAAUCAGACUUGCGCAAACAACCAUAUGCAAUGUGAACACACCAAGCACUACACGGAGGGAUUCGAGUUUCACACACUCAGAGACGUUCGCCUCUAUUGUCGACAAGAGGAAAAUAUCAACAAGCAAGUCGUUUACAUUCACAAUAAAGGUAGCUAUCACACCCAAAAGGGAAACUCUGUACACUUACGGAGAAGCAUGACGACUGCUGUUUCAAGUAAGGAGUGCCAUACUGCCUUGGCCGAUGACAAAUGCAACAUUUGUGGACUUUCCUUCUCUCCGUGGAAGUCGGGGCCCUUCUUCCCGGGAAACUUUUGGACUGCACAAUGCCAGUAUAUCAAAGACCUACUCAAUCCGUACAACUUCAGGGAUAUGUCGGCCACAAAUAGGAAGAAAGUUCUACAGAUGCAAAAGCGCGGAAAGCUCGAAGUCAACCUAUUCCCAGAGCUUCCAAGUACCUGGGGGACUGGUCGAUACUCCGCGGAGUUCUGGGUGGGCAGUCAUCCGGAUAUUCGCCCGUGUGACGUUGCCUCCAUAAGGACCUACAACACUUGGGAAAGCUUUGACUUGCAGCCCAGCGACAUGAACCUGCAGCUGGCGCCACGGGAGCCAUACCAAGCUGAAUCAAAGAUCGUAGCACGAAUGCCAAACACAGCAAAAGGUAGAAUACGAGAGUACUUCUUGGGAGCAGGUUACCUCAUACGGUGGAGACGCUAUUAUCGCAAGGUCGCCGGUGGGGACUCCUGGUUCUGGGAUUACUUUCCGGAAGGCAACCUGUGGAAAGAAGCUGUCAAGCAGCACGGGGGACGUGCUGUCGCUCAUAUGCUGAACGACUUCAAUGGGACUAGUGUCUAG